AUGGUGCUCACACAGUGUCAUUUUGCCCCUCCAGAUUUCUGCAUUGCCAGGUCUACUGCCUAUAUCCUCAUCCUGCUGCCCUUGAGCCAAGUCAUCAUGCCUAGGGGCCACAAGAGAAAGGGACACUCUCAUGCCAAAUGUCAAAAUGUAAGGGAGAAGAGUCAAAGUCUGCAUGAUGCUCAGCCCGCUGCUGCAAAGGAGGAAGAAACAUCUUCUAUUGGUCGAGGGGAUCCUCCCAGCUCCCCUGACACCUACAUUCCCCAGGAUACUCAGGAGGAUGUAGCCUCUGUUGCUGAUGAUUUAAGUUUGUUAUCAAUAGGUGCUGUAGGUGGUGAGGCUUCUGAUACAAAUGCUAAGUUUUCUGUUAUAGAUGCUGAGAGACCUUCAAGUACCUCCAUAAUAGCCUCUGUUAUUGGCUCUGCACGCAGAGAUCUUAACAGGCAGGCAAAUGUAUUGAUGGUCUUUAUGCUGAAGAAAUUUAAUGUGAAAGAGCCAUUUACACAGAAAGAUAUGUUGAAGAUGAUUAACAAAAAGUACAAAGAAAAGCUCACUGAUAUCAUUAAAAGAGUCUCUGUGUGGCUGGAGCUUGCCUUUGGCCUGGAGUUGAAAGAAGUUGAUCCCAGUUCUCAGUCAUAUAUGCUUGUGGGCAAGCUGGGUCUCUCCACUGAGGGAAGUCUGAGUAGCAAUAGUGGGUUUCCCAAGACAGGUCUCCUGAUGACCCUCCUGGCUUUGAUCUUCAUGAAUGGCAACCGUGCCAGUGAGGAAGAACUCUGGGAUUUACUGAAAGUACUGGAGAUGUAUCCUGGACAGAAUCAUCCAAUCAUUGGGGACCCUGAAAAGUUCAUUAAAAAAGAUCUGGUGGAGGAAAAUUACCUCAAGUACUGCCAGGUGCCUAACACUGAUCCCCCCACCUAUGAAUUCCUGUGGGGUCCCAGAGCCUAUACUGAAACCACCAAGAUGAAAGUCCUAGAAGUUUUUGCUAAGAUCAAUGAUGAUGUUCCUAGUUCCUACCCUAGUCUGUAUGAGAGGGCUCUAAGUGAUGAGGUUGAUAGAGCAGCAAGGAGAGUUACAGCUGUGCCUGGCAGUGAUAACAUGUUCCUCGCAAGCCAGGGCGUGAUUUCCUUCUCCACAGUUCGAGAGCGGGAGGAGGUGCGAGGAGUGCCAUCCCAGGCCGCCCACUCAGCAGGACCUGGAAACAAGCCCCAGUCUGCUGGUUCAAGACUUCCAUUCCCACCAACCGCCCCUUGUUUUCCUAAAGUCCCAGGUCGAAGCCCAGGGCCAUCUCCCCAGCAGGCCCGCCGGCCCCUGGUUGCCAGAGGUGGUCCAUCUCAGAAUACACCCACACUUUCCUCCCUCUAA